AUGCCUUCCAUCGCCAUCACCACCGAAGUCCUCCAGCUCAAACUCGCCCUCGCCAAAGAACAAGAGAAAUCAAAGAACUUGGCCCAAGAACUCAACGAUGUAAAGAAAGAUCUAUCAAACGAAAUCUUCCUUCUUCAAGAAACCAUCGAAAUGCAACGCUCCGUCAUUUCUGAAUUAGAAAAACGAUCGUCUCUCAAUUCUAGUGCUUCGGAAAUCAUCAUGGAAACGUCUCAGGUGGAAAGUCAUUUUGAAGAGAGCCUCAGUGAAGAUAUUUGGGAAUUCUGCGAGAGCACUAGAGUCGAAGGAGUUGAAAAUGAAGGAUUCAAGAUGGUCUUCGCGCUAAGCCAGGAAGUCGACGAGCUGAAGGAUGAGUUAGUGGUCAAUGAAGAAAAACUCAACGACUUCCGAGCCGAAAUUGCGACCCUUACUGAAAAUCUCCGAUCUGAGAAGUCACAAAAGAUCGCACUCGACAGAAACAACAUUCGACUCAUCUCCGACAACGAGGAAAUCAAGGAAGAGAACCGCCAGCUGCGCCAGACAAAAUCCACUUUGGAAAGCAAACUCCAGCGGAUCAACAUUGAACUGGCUUCUCAAAAGAUCAAGAACGAAACCCUCGCUGCCAAAUUGGAAGAGUGCACCAACUCGCUCAAAGAAACGAAGGAUCACUUCAAGUGGUUGAAGAUUCUCUCUCAUCAACCUUGUGACAAGUGUUGUCCUGAAUGUGGGCAGCAAUUAAAUUGCCAUCGAGCUUGUGGCGAUUGUGAUGGCUGUGGCCCGUGUCAAGCUUUUGUAGAGAAAGAAUAUGAUUGUGGACAUUCGGCUCAUUUUCCAUGCAACUUUCAAAUCAAUCUGAAGGAGUGCGAGGCUUGUGAGGAUGAACGGAUACAAAACUCAAAUAAUACGGUUGACAAAGGGGCUCCUGGAUUUAUUCAGAAGAACUACAGGGUCUUUAUAGGGAAAGAGGGGCGUAGAGGCCACAUUGCCUAUGAUUUGACACUAGUCAAAAAUGACAUCAAUACAGCCGCGAAUAUUUGCACCUUCAUGCAACUCUUGAAGCACAAAGAUCAUGAAAAAUACAUGGUUUGGGAGCGAACUUCCUCGAUUGACAAUAUGCAGGAUUCAAUGGAGCCAGGGAAAGAAUUUGACUCCAUAGGCCAGGCAAAGUACUACUGGGGGCGGAGAUUCAAGAGUAAAACUGGAAAUAUUUGGGCAAAUUACCCAAAAUUCGACUUCAUGGAUGGAAAGUUCACAGUCAUCACCAGAAACCACGAAAUUGAAGACAAAGUUGAUGACAACUUGAGAGAAGAGCUUGAACCGAAAGUAAAUGAUUUGAUGAAAAUGAUUUGCGAUCAGAAUAUGCUACAGCAGGCUGCAAAUGACAUAGCAUUGGACACCCAAAAGGUUGCCCUUGGAUAUCUAAGCGAAGAUCAGGAAAGGCUUGAAAAUUAG